AUGAACUUGUGUAAAUUCCAUGCAGGAGCAGGAUGUUUUGAGACAUUCCCUUCCGGUGGUGACAUCAAGCCGGUGGUCACCUCUUCAAAAGUGGCCACUUUAGAACAUGUCAACCCUGCACACAAUGCCAUGGAAAAUCCCUCAAAGGCGGCUAAAUUUUCCAAUGCUGUUGUGCAGAAGGAGGAGCUGACAUCCAAAAUGCCUUCUGUGAGAACCUUCGGAGCAGAUGGGAGGAAGACCGAGGGGGUUCUGUACAAGUAUAGACAAGGCCAGGUCGGCAUUUUGUGUGCUUGCCAUGGCAGUUUUCUCUCCCCAGCCGAAUUUGUCAAGCAUGCUGGUGGAAAUGAAGUGGCAAACCCCCUGAGGCACAUCAUUAUCUGCUCAACUCCAUCUGAUGAUUAG